AUGAAUGAUAACAUUGAUCUAAUACAAAGUGUUCGACGAGGAAAUGUCGAUCGCGUUCGAUAUCUAGUCGACCAGAGAGAAGUAGAAUUGAAUAUCCGAGACGAAUGGGACAGCACUCCGCUAUAUUAUGCAUGUCUGUGCGGUCAUUAUGAGGUAGUCGAGUAUUUGUUACAAAAUGGUGCCCGAUGUGAACCGAAUACAUUUGACGGUGAACGCUGUCGUUAUGGUGCAUUGACAAAUCAAAUUCGAAAUUUGUUAAAAACCUACAACGUUGUUACAAAACAUAUUAUUAAACGAAAUAAUUACGAUGAAUUUCUAAGAAAGAUCUUUGAAGAUGCUCCCUAUUACGAUAUUACUUUUAUUAUUGAUGAACAGAUAUUUUUACUUCAUCGAUGCAUUUUGUCGGCUCGCUCACUGUUUUUUCAAGAUGCACUACAAACAAGAUGGAAAGACAAAAAAUGUAUUAAAUUAUCAAAAGCUAAAUUUAAUGCGGAUAGUUUUGAAGCACUGGUACGCUAUUUAUAUACGGGAUGUUGUGAAAUUAGUUUAGAUAAUGUUGAAAGUGUAAAAGCGUUGGCAAAACGCUGUCAAUUACCACGUUUAUACGAUUUAAUUGAACAGAAAAAGACGGAAAUCGAUGAUUUUCGUAAGAAUUUUGCCAUUUUAAAACAUUGUCUAGAGAAAAUUUAUACGCUUUUAUUUUUAGAAACGAUAAAAUGUGGAAACACAAUGAUUUAUCGUCUAGUUAUUGAACCAGAACCAAAUGAUAAAUAUUUGAAUACGGAUUUUACUGCAUUAUGCGAACAAACAAUACCAUAUGAAUUACGAAGAUGGAUUGCUAGUACUGAAUUACCAUUCAUCGAUCAUUUAUCCGAUACAUUUUCUGAUCUUAUGUUUAUUGUUGAUGGUUACCAGUUCAAUAUUCAUCGAGUAUUUAUGUGUACGCGUACAGAAUAUUUUAGUGUAUUGAUCAAAAAUCAUUUUAAUGAAAUAUGUCAAAUUGAUGGAAAACAAGCCAUUAUUUUAAAAAAUGUUCGAAAAGAAUUAUUUAUACCAAUUCUCUAUUAUAUUUAUUCAGAUGAUUGUGAAAUCCCUGACACUUAUGUAGAUGAUUUAUUAAUAUUAGCCGAUGAAUAUAUGUUACCUGGUCUAAAACGAAUUGUUGGUAAUUAUUAUGUACGUCUAUUGAAGGUAGACAAUAUUAUCCCUGUAUUACGUCUAGCACGUUUAUUUCAAUUAAUUAAACUUGAAAAUUAUUGUAUUCGAUUUAUAGCAGAAAAUUUAGAAGAGAUAAUAGAUCAACAUGAAUUUGAAUUAUUUGUUGUCGAAGAUGCAGCUAGUGUUCAACAACGACAAGAAACUGAUUCUGUUCAAAUCAUAGAUGAUUUAAGAUUUUAUUUCACACAAUUUAGUACGAUGACUCUGGAUGAUAUUGAAGACACAUCAAAAAAAUUAAGAAUACUAGAUGAAUUUUUACAGAGUAUUGGUUUAGACAUUUAA